AGUACUAAUGCUUAUCACUUGACCCUGCUAUUGGUCAUAUUUCUGACAACCUUAAGUAGAUCUAUCAUUGACUGUCAGGUAAACUAUGGGAGCGACCAGAAAGUUAUCCCCCCUGAUCUUGGUGUUUUUUUACCUAGCGGUAGCACACGGUUCCGGCUGCCGCUCGGGAUGGACUCAGUACAAAAACAAAUGUUAUAUGUUCUCAAGAAUGCCCGAACCUUGGGGAAUGGCUUCAAGCUACUGCCAGGCUUACCAUUCCAAGCUGGCGGAGCCCGUCACUCCCGAGGAGUCCGCCUUCCUGACCAGUCACGCCCACAACUUACAUGACACGUUUUGGAUCGGAAUAACCGACCUUAUGGCAGAAAACGAGUGGGUGUAUUCAUCCAACCUACAACGUGUACAGACGACAAAUUGGGCAAGCCACGAACCUAACGGCAAGGGUGGAGAGAACUGUGCUGUUCUGUUUUACCCCCGCCACAGUCAGUGGGCGGACCUUCAUUGUGAUGCUCAUGAAAGAUUCAUCUGUGAAAUGUCGGAGGACGAGAGUGGCCCGAUGAUCCUUGGAUAGAUAAUUCAAAGAAUUGAUUAACCAAGCGAUUAGAUAUGCGACCAUUAAAGAGUACUUUUGA